AAGAACAUGGCGAAGCCCAGACCCACUUUCCGAACUGACGGGUAUUCUCGAAUUGAAUUUGUUCCUAAACAAAGUAUAAACAACUCAUCCACUGUAGAGAGCUAAGCUAAUCGUUGAUCACUCAUCGCCCAUUUCAAUCUUUCACAAACCCAGAGGGAGAGACAAAGAUGAGCAGCAGUCCGGGGACGCACUCGCUGGCGUUCAGGGUGAUGCGGCUGUGCAGGCCGUCGUUCCACGUGGACCCUCCGCUCCGCCUGGACCCGACCGAUCUCAUUGCCGGCGAGGAUAUCUUCGACGACCCCAUCGCCGCCUCCCACCUCCCUCGCCUCAUCGACUGCCACGUUGCCAACCCCGCCGACUCCUCGGAUCUCAGCUAUCGCUCCCGAUUUCUCCUCCACGACCCCUCCGACCCCAUGGGCCUCUCCGGCCUCCUCGUCCUCCCCCAAUCCUUCGGCGCGAUUUACUUGGGAGAGACUUUCUGUAGCUAUAUCAGCAUCAACAACAGCUCCAAUUUCGAAGUCAAGGAAGUUAUAAUCAAGGCGGAAAUGCAAACGGAGAGACAGAGAAUCUUGCUGUUGGACACCUCGAAAGCGCCCGUUGAAUCUAUACGCGCGGGAGGGCGCUACGAUUUCAUCGUCGAACACGAUGUUAAGGAACUUGGAGCUCACACGCUUGUCUGCACUGCGCUGUACAAUGAUGGUGAUGGCGAGCGUAAAUAUCUUCCGCAGUUCUUCAAGUUCGUUGUUGCCAAUCCGCUUUCUGUUAGGACAAAGGUUCGUGUUGUUAAGGAAACUACAUUUCUGGAAGCUUGCAUUGAAAAUCAUACUAAAUCAAACCUUUUUAUGGACCAAGUUGAGUUUGAGCCCACUCAGCAUUGGAGUGCAACAAUAUUAAAAGCCAAUGAGCACGAUUCAGACAACAAUUCUAAGACUAGAGAGAAGACACCAGUCCUUAUCAGAUCUGGUGGAGGAAUUCACAACUAUCUUUAUAAGUUGAAAUUGUCAUCUCAUGGUUCUGCACAAAUGAAAGUUGAGGGUAGUAAUAUUCUUGGGAAACUUCAGAUUACAUGGCGUACAAAUCUGGGGGAACCUGGUCGCCUACAGACACAGCAGAUUCUGGGCACUCCUGUCACACGCAGCAAUAUUGAGUUGCAUGUUGUGGAGGUUCCAUCGAUUAUCAACUUGGAAAGACCCUUUUCGCUACACUUGAAACUCACAAACCAGACAGAGAGAGAAUUGGGACCUUUUGAAGUUUCUUUGCUGCAAAAUGGGUUGCUUGAAGAGAAGGUUAUUAUGAUUAAUGGUCUCAAAACGACGGUCUUACCUCAGGUUGCAGCGUUUAGUUACACAGACUUCCACCUGAACCUCAUUGCUACUAAACUUGGAGUUCAGAGAAUCACAGGCAUUACAGUGUUUGACACAAGUGAGAAGAGAUCUUAUGAACCUUUGCCAGACUUUGAGAUUUUCGUGGAUUUGGACUAAUUUAUUGGCUAGUUUUCACCUGCUGAGCCUGAUGUUCUUUUCAUACUUCUUGUGGGGAUUAAUCCGUCUGUGGGCAUAUGAUGUUAUGAUCUGUAUCAUCAUUGGGCUUCAAUUAGAUCAAGCAGAUCUAGACAAACAGAAAAACCCAAGUUCAUCCAGUUUGAUGACUGUUGACGCCAACCCUCCUCAGGCUGGGAUGACUUGCUGUGGUGCUUUCACAUGAAUCUUUCCCUUCUCAGCAAGGACAAAAUCUGGUUCUCAAAGUUUUUGGUAAUUCAAUUACUUUGAGAUCAUAUACUAAGUUGUAUGAUUGAUUUGAAAAAAAUAUAUCUGCUAUCAUAUUUUCUAGUUGUAAAGAAGCAACUUUCUGAUGUUAACUUAACUCAGGUGUUCUGAAGAAGUAAAUUUCUUAUGAAA